GCGAGGCGGCCUCGGGCCCGCUGCGCUCCCUCCCGCCCGCCCUCCUCCGUUCCGCCGCCUCAACCGGGCCGGCCAGGCCCGCCAUGGAGGCGAAUCCGCCGAAGCGGAAGGAGACGCGCAAGUCGCUGCGGAUUAAAGUCAUCUCCAUGGGCAACGCGGAGGUGGGCAAGAGCUGCAUUAUAAAGCGUUACUGUGAGAAGAGGUUCGUUCCCAAAUACCUGGCGACUAUUGGUAUCGACUACGGUGUCACAAAAGUGCAGAUCAGAGACCGAGAGAUCAAGGUGAACAUCUUUGACAUGGCGGGGCACCCAUUUUUCUACGAGGUGAGGAACGAGUUUUACAAGGACACGCAGGGGGUCAUCCUGGUCUACGACGUGGGACAGAAGGAGUCUUUCGAUGCGCUGGACGCAUGGCUGGCUGAGAUGAAGCAGGAGCUGGGCCCCCACGGGAACAUGGAGAACGUCGUCUUCGUUGUCUGUGCGAACAAGAUCGACUGCACCAAGCACCGCAGUGUGGAUGAAAGUGAGGGGCGGCUCUGGGCAGAGAGCCGGGGCUUUCUUUACUUUGAGACAUCGGCGCAAACAGGAGAAGGAAUCAACGAGAUGUUUCAGACUUUUUACUCUGCCAUCAUUGAGCUGUGUGACAACGGCGGGAAGCGUCCCCCCUCCAGCAUGGGGGUUGGCUUCACCAAAGAGCAGGCAGAUGCCAUUCGCAGGAUCCGCAACAGCAAGGACAGCUGGGACAUGCUAGGGGUCAAACCCGGAGCCACAAGGGAUGAAGUGAACAAAGCCUAUCGGAAGCUGGCCGUGCUGCUCCACCCCGAUAAGUGUGUGGCUCCCGGCAGCGAGGACGCCUUCAAAGCGGUGGUGAACGCCCGGACCGCGCUCCUCAAAAACAUCAAGAGUGCGGAGUUCCCUGGAAUCCUCCCCACUUGUCUAAUGGAGGAAACCACUUAAUUCUGGCUUGCUGCAAAGCUGUUUCUCUGUAUUUUUUCUUUCUGUUGAGGAGGGUAAAUAAUCCUGUUGCUGAAUGGUGCACUUCACUUUGAAGGUCAGAUCUCGGUGCCUGGAGUGGUUUAACGGCUUCCUCGGUUCCUGCUGCUCAGGGGCUCUCCAGGUCUCUUGUGCCACGCGCGGUCCCUCCUGUUCGCUCCUCAGGUGACUCUGGCCACCGGUCUCGGGGGUUUCUCCUGUCUGUUUACAGAGCUGACCGGAUGUUUGGAGACGAUUACACACGCAUGUCACGUCUA